CAUGGCGAUGGAGUCAGCCUCGGCGUCGGCUCCAGGGGUUGUUGCCAUGGAGAUCCCGGUGCGAGGUGCGCUCCCGGUGGUGGAGGAAGACGAGGGCUACAGCGCGCCGCCGCCGGGGUCCGAGGAGCGACUACGGUACCGCCGAGGAGGAGGGAGACGACGGUGCGGGGUGCCGUUCAACCGGGGCGGCUACUACAUGCUGAUAGUGAUCGGGGAGAUCGGCACGGAGCAGCAGCUGGACGCCGCCAAAGCGCAGAUAGAGCGGGGAAUUCGAUCCUGGGACGUCGACCUCAAGUGCUGCGACCUUGACCAGCAGCUGCAGCUGUUUAUAACUCGUCACUCCGCCCACUUCUCCUCCGAGGUCAGAGGGCAAAGAACUCUUCACCACAGAAGUGAUGUCCUAGAGACUGUGGUGCUUGUCAACCCUUCAGAAGACACUGUUGUAUCAGAGAUCCAGUCUCUAGUCACAGACUCAGCAGGACACAAGCUUCUGGUUUUGAGUGGCCAGAGCUCAGAUCACGGUGGCCUUCUUCUUCAAACUGGGGUUUUCACCUACCAGACCUUUUCUCGUGUUUUUGCUGAUCCUGGGGUCAGUGAAUUAUUGGGCACAACAGCCCCCAAGCAGCAGGCUACACUUACUGUGUCCUGCCGCGGGGAGGUGGGCUGGAGCUCCCUGGGACAGCAUCAGACCCUGCGGGAGUUCCUGGAAUACAAACUAAACCCUGAGCCUGUUCUCCCCAAGAUGGAGGGCGUCACCGAGUUCACAGAGUAUAUCUCUGAGACAGUUGACGUCCCUUCACCUUUUGACCUCCUGGAGCCACCUACUUCAGGAGGCUUCCUGAAACUGUCCAAGCCAUGUUGCUACAUCUUUCCCGGUGGACGAGGAGACUCUGCUCUCUUUGCUGUUAAUGGCUUCAACAUCUUAGUGGAUGGAGGCUCUGAGCGAAAAUCAUGCUUCUGGAAGCUUGUUCGUCACUUGGACCGCAUUGACUCGAUUCUACUCACACACAUUGGCGCUGACAAUCUCCCAGGUAUCAAUGGGCUGCUUCAGAGGAAGAUAGCAGAACAGGAGGAGGAGCAGUCUCAAGGCUCUACCAACUAUAGUGACUGGAUGAAGAACCUGAUCUCUCCUGAACUAGGUGUGGUAUUCUUCAACGUGCCAGAGAAGCUCCGUAUGCCAGAGUCUAAUCUUAAAGUGAAACGCAGCAUCGAAGAGGCCUCGUUGACUUUGCAGUACCUUAACAAACUAGGAAUCAAGCCGGAGCCUCUCUGUCGAGUGGUCAGCAACACCAUUGAGCCCAUUACUCUGUUCCACAAGAUGGGAGUGGGCAGGUUAGACAUGUAUAUUCUCAACCCUGUCAAAGACAGUAAAGAGAUGCAAUUUUUAAUGCAGAAGUGGGCUGGCAACAGCAAGGCCAAAACUGGUAUUGUGCUGCCCAAUGGGAAAGAAGGAGAAAUAUCUGUGCCCUACCUUACAUCAGUUACAGCCUUAGUCGUCUGGCUUCCUGCCAACCCUGCAGAAAAGAUCGUCAGAGUGCUGUUCCCUGGGAAUGCACCACAAAACAAGAUCCUAGAGGGGCUAGAAAAAUUAAAGCACCUUGACUUCUUGCGCUAUCCUGUAGCCACACAAAAGGACAUUGCCUCAGGAGCUCCACCCUCUGUUAUAAAACAAACCAAGUUAAAACAAAGAACCGAUAGCAAAGAGAGUCUCAAGUCCUCCCCGAAGACUACCGCAAAGGCUCCAAAGAAAGAAACUGAAGGACAAGAUGACGUGUCGGCCGCCACAGAGGCAAAGAGUGACUCUGUGAAAGAAAAUAUAUCAGAGAAAAAAGAGGAGAAAAAGCCUACUAAGACUAUAAAAUCUAAAACUGAUGUGCCAGAAAAGAAAAAACUCUUGAAAGAAAAAUCCUUAAAAAAGCACCCUAAAGAAAGGGUGUCAAAAAUGGAUGAGAAAAAGGACAAGGAAAAGAAAGAGAUCAAGAAAAUAAAGAAAGACGACUCCGCUAAAAAAGAUGAAAAGAAGGAGGUCAAGUCCAAAGAGGACAAAAAGAAGGACUCAUCCAAACCUGAGCUGAGAAAAAUUACAAAGCCUGACCUAAAACCACUUACACCAGAAGUCAGGAAGACAUUACAUAAAGCUAAAGUGUCAAGUAAAGCCAAGACUGGAAAAAUCAAAGCGGCAAAGGCAGAACCUGCUGAAACUGCUGAACCGAAGAAAGAGGAGCCAAAACCUGAAACUAUUCAACCUGAACCAACAGAGAAUGUAGCUGUUGAGGGCAUAUCUGCUCCCUCAACUCCUGAAGACCUCACCAAGGAUUUUGACACACUGAAAAAGGAUGACGUAGCUGUAUCAGCAGAGCCACCAGACAGUGACAAGGUUUCAUUGGAGCCAACAGCACAAAGCCUUCCCCAAGAGAACCAGAAGGCACAAGAAACUACUUCUGAAAUUCCACCUGACACAGAGCUUACAGAAAAGGAAGCCUCAGCUCCAGAAGCUGAAGCUGAAGACAAAGAGUCAACACAAGACAGAGAAAUUGAAGAUGCGCAAAAGUUUGAGGAUGAGGGAGCAGCAACUCAGGAUGAGGAAGAGGAGGAGGAGGAAGAAGAAGCCCCAGCUGCUGAAAAGAAAACAGAAGAAGAGGAGGAAGAAGAUAUGGGAAUAGGUGAAGAGGAAGAUGAAUCAAAAUGGAAGGAGGCAAAGGACGAUGGACUUGACAGGAAACAUGAGAUAGAAGAAAUGGAGAAAUCAGAAAAUCUCUCAGCUAUGGUUGUGACAAAAGAAGAGCUACAAAUGACUCCCUCCGAAGAGGAAGAGGAAGCAGUGGAGAAAGCUGAACUGGAGGAGGUAGAAGAUUUAGAUGUAAUAGCAGACGAAGAGAUCAAAGUCAAACCUGAAGAUGCAGCUGAAGAGCAAAUGGUCACUGAAAUUCUGACUGCAUCCAAAGAUGAAGAAGAAGAAGAGGAGGAGGGCUACCUGUCACAUGUUGGAGGGGCCACAGCUCCCAUAACCUCAGUAGCUCAAGGAGCCGCUGCAGCUGAACCCAUCUCCUAUAUCCAAGACGAGACCAUCCCUGGCUACUCUGAGACAGAACAGACCAUCUCUGAUGAGGAGAUUCAUGAGGAGGCAGAGGAGAGGAUUCCACAUCUUCAAUACGAUGUUGGUGCCUAUGACAUCUCUGUUCCAGACCAGACCGAAUCAUUUGUAAACAUUCACGGCAUGAGGGAGAUUCAAGCUGCGGCUAUGACUGAGAAAAGUUUUAUCCCAGGUGUGCAGGAGCAAGUAUCAGUGUUUACCAACAUCAUCACUGCUCCUCUGGCAGAAGAGGAGCAUGUGUCUUCUGCAACGUCCAUCACAGAGUAUGACAAAGUGUCGUCCUUCCCUACUUCUAUCGCUGAAGACCAAUCUGUGGCAUCCGUCACAGCGACCCCAGCUGAAGAACCACCCAAAACCCCCAUUAACCUUUCAACACCACCUGACACUACCCAAAGCAAAGAGCAGCCACACUCUGCAGGAACUCUUUCACCGCCUUCUUUAGAAGAUGACAAACAAUCCAAGUCUCCUGCUGAGGACUUACAACUUCCUGUUGCAGAAGUAAAAGUGGGGGCUAAAGCUCCUGAUGCUCACGAUGAGGAGGAGGAGGAAGAAGAAGAGGAGGAAGAAGACCAAACUCCUAAUGUUGACAUUUCACUUGAAAAACUCCAAGAGGGCUAUGCUUUAUCCCAAUUAUUACAGGAAAAAGAGAGAGAUAGCGAUAAGCUGGCUGGCUCAGUGUCUCCAGUUUCAAUGUCAAUACAAGACACCAAACCAGCUCACCUACCAGUUGAAGAGGAAAAUAUAGAUGUAAUUGCAUCUAAAGAAAUGUCAUCUGUUGUGCCUACUAGACCUUUUGGCUCCGACUCAGUAACUUCAGAGAGUGAAGAGCGCUGCUUCAGUCCAGAUGAUAUCACUGUAAAAAUGGCCUCCCCUCCACAGUCAGGACCACCAAGUGCAUCUCACUCUCCACUUCGUCAGUCGCCAGUGGAAGACAAGAUGAAGGUCUUCCCUGAUUUGGAGCUGCAAAAGCAAGAAAAGCUCCUCGAUGUAGUCACAGCAUCUGAAGACACAACUAAAAAGAAAGAUGAAGCAGAAACAGAGACGCAAAAAGAUGUUGAAAAAAAGAAAGCAGAUCAGCAGGAAGAAGAUGUUUCAACAUCUUUGGACAAAUCAUUUGAGAAGGACAUUAAAGAGGUUCCAAUGAUAGAGACAGAAAAAGACACUUCAUCAUUGCUAAAAGAUGAAGGCAAACAGGCAGAAGCAAUCCCUGUUGUUGCAGGAGUUCAGCCACCUGUGUUAGGAAGGGAUUCCCUUAUCUCAUCUGGACAAAGUGAUGAAGAGGUUGAUGAAGGGUUCAAACAGAAAGAACAUAAAGUACCUGUUCCAGAUACAUUUCCAGAGAAGGAGAGUCGUUUCCUGGAUGACGAUGAUGGCAAGAAGGAUGAUGACAAGAAGGAUGAUGACGAUGAUCAUGGUGAUACACCUGCAGUUAAAACUGUCAUGGUGGAACAGGAGAAAGAAAAGGACGAUACCUCCGAUGUCGUACAAAUCAUGGAUGAGCAGAAACCGAAAUCUGUCAUCCAGGAAGACGUUUCUGCUGUUAAAUCCAUCACAGAUGAAAAAGCCGAGAAAGAGGCAGUAAAGGAUGAUACCUCUGAUACUAAACCUAUCAAAGAAGAGCAAAUUGCAACAGACAUUAUCACUGUUGAGAAAGUCAUUAAAGAUGAACAGAAAGAGCCUGAGAAAGACUACUCUCCUGAAGUCAAAACUACUAUAGAAGCAGAGAUGGAAAUUGUUGCUUCUGAGGCCAAACAAAUCAAAUGUGAGCAGAAGCAGGAAGAUAAAAAACAUGACGAUGAUUUUGAUCUCAAACCCAAAGGUGAGGUUGCUGAGACAGGGGUUAAAAAGGAUGAUGUAUCUGAUAGUAAGAUUUUGAAAGAGGAGAAGAAAGAGACAGAAGAGAGUUAUACUUUUGAUAUGAGCCAUAUAAAGACUGAAGAGAAAGAGACAGAAGAGAGUUAUACUUUUGAUAUGAGCCAUAUAAAGACUGAAGAGAAAGAAACUAAACAGGUCCAUGCUAUAGAUAUCAAGCCUGUUAAAGAUGAGAUGGAGAUAGAGUCAAAGAAAGAUGAUGUGUCCAUUAUUGAGCCUACUAAAGAUGAGGAGAAAAAGGUGACAGAAACAUCUGAUAUCAAAGUGAGCGAUGAUAAGAAAGAAGAAAAAGAGAUGGAAAAGGUAGAUUCUUCUGCUACCAAGCUCUUUACAGAUGACCAGAGAGAAAAUGAGAAAGAGAUUGGUGACAUCAUUGUUGCUAAACUCACCAAAGAAGAAAUUAUUAGUAAGGGCGAUACGUCUGCCAUUACCGUAAAAGAAGAAAAGGGACAAGAUGUUAUCUCAACCAUCAGCCUCACCAAGGUGGAGGAAAAGGAUGUAACAGUGAGUAAAGAUGAGAUUCUUGCUACAAAGCCAACCACCGACCAAGAAAAAGAAAAAGAGACAAGCAAAGAUGAUGACACCAAACUCUCCGGGGAGCAGGAUAAAGAUGUUACAACAAGCGAAGAUUACAUCUUCAAAUCUACUGUAGAAGAAGACAAGAAGGAAGACACAAGUAUACAUGAGACUGCUGCUAUAAAACUUACCAUGGCAGAGGAAAAAGAUAAACUGCCCUGUAAGGAAGAUACUUCUGCUGCUAAACCAACAGUUGGAGAAGAAAAGGAACAAGAGGAAAGUAAAGAGGAUACUGCUGCCAUCAAACUUACCAAGGUGGAGGAAGAGCAUGUUAUAGUAUGUAAAGAUGAUUUCUCUGCCACAUCAACCAUGGUAGAAGCAAAGGAGAUACUUAAGGAUGUUGUCAAACCAGUCAUGGAGGAAGAAAAGGGGCAAACAGAAACAAAUAAAGACAAAGAUGUUCCUCUUCCUGUCAAACCUGCCCAGAUUGAGGAAGAGGAUGUAAUGGUGAGCAAAGAUAUUUCCGCUGUCAAAACAUCCAAGGACGAAACAACCACAAAGGAGGACAUUUUUGUUGUUAAACCUACCACACAAGACGAAAAGGAAAAAGAAAUCAGCAAAGAUAUUUGUGCCACUAAAUCAACGAUAGAAGAAGAAAAGGAGAAAGCAGUAGAUAAGGAGGAAACUAUCACUGUGAAACCAUCCAAGGAGGAAGAAGUUUCAAUUCAGGAUCAUAGUGUUACUAUCAAACCCAUCAAGGAAGAUAAAGAUACAGUAACAAUUAAGGAGGAAAUUUCUGGUAUCACACCUGCCAAGGAGGAGGAAAGCAAAGACACUGGUGAUGUAAAACCUCUUGGAGAUGUGGAAAAGGCAGAGUUGACAGAUGUUACUUCUGAUGUAAAACUCAUCAAGGAGGAGACAAAAGAAAUCAUCAAGGAUGAAAUUUAUGAAACAGAAAUUAAGGUUAAAGAGGAAGAAAUGGAAAAAGAUAAAGAAAAGAGUGAUAUUACUGAUUCUGUAUCCAUUAAGGAGCAGAAGGAAAAUAACAUAGAUGACACUUCUGUCAAAACCAUGAAGGAUGACAAGGAGGUUGAAAAAAGUGACAUUUCUGAAAAACAGAUAAAAAUGGAGGAGUUUAAAGAGGAGGUAAAGAGUGGUAUAUCUGACCACGAACCCAUUUUGGAGGAAAUUAAGGACACCAGUGUUGAGCAACCCGAGGACACGAAGGAGAAAGAGCCACCAAAAGUUGAAAUCAUCGAGGGGGGAAAGAAAGAUGUAGUCCAACAGGACAGUGGUGACUCUAUCAAACAGGAGACAGAGAAGGAGAUUUACACUCCAACAUUUAGCAUCAAAGAUGAAAACAAAGAGAAAGACGAUUAUCCUAAGAAGGAUGAAAAAGAGGUAGAUCUUCCUGUGAGUCAAACCUCUGAAGAGGAGAAAACUACAAAGGAUAUUUGUGAAGUUAGUGAUCAGCAUAUACAUGAGGAAACAUCUGAUAAGCUUACUGAAAGUCAGAAAGGAAAGGAAACUUUUGGAGCUACAUCAAUAGAAACGCAGCAAGACACUUCUGUAACUACAUCAAGUGAAGACCUGAAACCAGUGAAAGACAUUUGUGUGUCUCCCAGCCACAUCCAGGAGGGGACAAAGGAGCAAGAUAAGGAAGCAAAGGUCAUUAUUAGUCAAGAAGAGAAAAUGGAGAAAGAAAAAGAUGAUGCACACGUUGCUGAACUAAGCAAAGAACAGAAAAUGGAAAAAGAACAAGAAAAAGAAUAUACAUAUGGGACUGAAGACAUCAAAGAUGAAAAGACAAAACCAGAGGAGGAGGAUGAAAAAAUGAUUAAAGAAAAGGAUGUUGCUUGUACAAAGACAGAUGAGAUCACAGAGAAAGAAAAGUAUGACCCCUCUGAUGCAGACCACACCAAAGAGGAGAAAUGGGAGCGAGAGGAAUUACAAGAGAAAGACAUGGACAAAGCCAUUAAACAACCCGCACAGACAGAAAUAGGAGAAGCAGCAACGGUGUCCAAGUCAGAUUACAAACCUGCAUUUGUCGUUCAGUCAUCCGAUGAAGACAGGGAAGAUGAAGAGGAGGAGGACAUUUGUAUGGGAGGAGCAGGCUCCAGACCUUUGUCAGUGGAGCCAAGAAAAUCAGAACAUGACAUCUCCUCUGCAGGUCUGCCCUCAUCCCGAACUAUAGAGACAAGUGACCAAACUAAACCACCAACAUCAGAACAGACCACAGUGAUUAUACCAACACUUACAAUGCAGGAGCCUUCUAUUGAUGAAGAUGUCAAAGAGUUUGGCAAAGAGGAAUCCAGACUUUCACCUGAAGCAGGAAAAGAUGUUGCAGAAACCACACCUGCGCCACUUGCCAAGCCAGAGCCCUCCUUUGAUGUUGUCACAUCAAAAGAAGAGACAACCUCUAUUCCAAAACAAGAAACAGCUUCAGCCAUCUCAGCAGCUAAAGCAGAGGUUCUGUCAGACUCUACUGACAAAAAGCCUGUGUUGUCAACAGUAUCAAGCGCUGACAGUCAACACAGGAGUUGUACGCUUUCAAGCACUGAGAGCCAAUCCAGUGUGGACGAGUCACCACAAGAGAAACAGAUACCGUCUCAGGCAAGCUCAGGACUUGGUGCUACAGAAAAGACAAAGCUGGAUGAAAAACCAGAAAAGGAAGCAGAGCGGGAGAUGGAAGGAGAGCGAGAGGUGGCUUCUCCAGGAUUAUCACAACCCUGUUCAUAUUUUAUGCUGGACAAAGAUUCUGUGGAUGCCAGCCACACUGAAGUUGUAAAAUCAGACACUGCAAAAAUGGAAAGUGUUGAUAAAAUGGCCACAGAGAAGGAAGUGGUAAGUGGAAGCCUCGGAGAUGAAAAGCAAACCUUUGGUGCGUCCAAAUAUGAUCCAUAUGAAAAGCCCAUUCCAAAGGAUCAUGACUUGGACUCUAGAGAAGAAAGUGAGGUUUCUUUAGGUUUUGAUGCCUCUGAUAUGGGUAUUGAUGAUAACAGAAGAACAAGCCAGACAGAGGCUGGAGGAACCAUGUUUCUCCUGGAUGAUCAAUACAAAGAAGAGCCUCUGUCCUUUAGCAGGGUCGACUACAGCCCAGUGUCCCUCACAGAGAGUGAGAGGAGCAGCCACCACAGCCAAAGUGCCUCACCUAAAUUUGAAGACAGAGAGAAAGGCCAGGAGGAAGAGAGGGAGAGAGAAGAAAGACCAGAUACACCUUAUGUUGACAAAAGCUUUUCAUCCAUAGAAAUGCAAGAUAACAAAAUGUCCCAGGCUGCUGAGUCGUAUUCUUUCAGUACCAAAGAGGACAAACCUGAGAAAUCAGAGAAAGAAAAAGAUUAUAUGACCGAAGGUGCUGCAGCAGCUCAAACUGGGGCAACAGGAGAAACUGAUAAGGUUUCUACCAGUGCUGUUCAAUCAGCAGGCCCCUCAUUAAGACAAGAAACACCCUCUCCGCCAUGGAGCCAAUCAGAUCUUGGUCCCCAAGUUUCAACUACUCCUGUAGCUUUUGGAGAAUUCACUGAAAAGAGAACAACAGAAAAAGAGAAAGAAAAAUCUGCUGAAUCACUUAAAGACAAAGUGGAGUCUUCUGAUCAUGAAAGAGAGGGAUCUUCAUCUGGUCGGCAUUCACCUGCAGAAAAAGACAUUUUACCUCAACAAGCAUUACCUUUAGAGAAAGAAGCAACUUCAAGUGAUUCAAGGACUGCAACUGCUCCCACAUUUUUAGGACAUGGAAUAGAUGAUAACGUUUUGGCAUCUGACAAUAGUCAAAUUAGCAGCUCUGCCACUUGUAAAUCCGUGUUAGACUUUCCUGAAGCAAAAGAGAGUCUAAUAGAUAAAAGGUUACUUGUAGAGGGGGAAGAUUUCAAUGUUGAUGAUGAUGAAGACGAAGAUGAGGACGAGGAGGAAGAAGAAGAGGAGGAGUUAAGUGAUAUAGAUAUGGAAAAGGGUGCCAGAGAACAGUCUGAAAAAGAAAUGUGCAGACGUAGCUCUGAUGAUGGUGCUAUGUUAGCAGAAGUAGAAGACUCCAAUAAAAAGUUUCAGUUGCCUGAAUCAAGCUUGCUUAAAGAGGAAACAGUCUUUAAACCAACACCUGAUGAUGCCUCAGCUUCUAAAGUAACAGAAACACACAAGAUGGACAUGAGUAAGAAACCACCAUCUCCAGAAAUAAAAUCACUCAAAGAAGAUGAUACAGCUAGUGAUACAGCCACAUCCAAGCUUCCUGAGACAAGAAGUGAAGAUCUAGGUAAAACAUCUCUGUCACCAGACCAAAGUGCUUACAAAAUGGACGAAAGCAGUUUCACCUCAGCAGAUGUCCCAAAACUUCCCGAAACGAAAAAAGCAGAGGACACAGACAAAAUUAAUUUGUCUCCUGAACAAACCACAAAGAGAAGGUUGUCAUCAGCAGAGGAUUUUACCUCUGCUCAAGUACAAGAGUCGAAAAAAGGAGAUGAAGACAAAGUGUCUCCAUCGCUAAGUUUUUUGACAAAGGAAACUUCUCAAUCAAUGUCCACAAGCAGCAUAACAGGCAUCUUUUUGCCACCUGACAAUUCAGAGUCCAUGGCCAAGGCUACAUCUAGUUCCUCCCCUCCAUUAAGAGGCAGCUAUGCCGAUAUCGGACAGAGCAGAUCUGGAGGUUAUUCUGAGCAUUUUGACAGUGAGGAGAGUCAAGUAGAAUUGAAGGAGGAUGUGCUCUCAGAUGCCUCCCAGCUAUCCAAGGUAAGCCAUGAUACAUAUUACAGCCAAAGAGACAUCCAUGAAGAAAGUCAAGAUGAGAGGCAGACCCCAGAUAUCACUGCAAAACAUGAAGAAACUUCCUCAUCAACUUGCACAUACACCACCUUAACAUACUCUUCUUCAACAUACUCCUCCACAUCGUAUAGUUACUCGUCCUCAGGCACAACAUCUGGACCUUCGAGCCAGCAGUUGGGAGACAAACCUUCCACAACGUUAUCAAGCUGUGAUGUAACUCUAGCCAAAGACGAGCGAUCAUUCACCACUGAGUCUACAAGCUCCUGCUUUGGAGGGUUUCAGAGAGAUGAGUACAUGGAGGUGACAACGAAACCUGCAACAAAAGUGUCUUUGCCCGGCCAAAUUGAAGACACCAAACCACCAUCUCCGAUCUUGUCUAUCACUGCCAAACAGACUGGGGAUCAAAGUGGUUCUGCAAAGCCUGAAACAGACACAAAGUCAAGCACAGAUAGCUUCUCUACGCUAGAAACUAAGAUUACAACAUUCUCUGCAGCCCCAUCUCUACAAAGUACCGAACCUGUAAAAGCGUCAGAAAGUUUACCCACAUCAGAGGCUUGCUUUGAUGUUUCUCCCCUCAAAAGGGCUGACUCUUCUGAUAGGGUGUCCCAAGGGUCAGUGGAAGAUGAGGAGCCUGAUACAAUUGAAAUGGAGGACAGCACCCUACCAUGUCGCAUUGAAUGUCAAAAAAUCAAAGUGGCUGAACAAAAAGAGACUCUUUCAUCAAUAACUGAGUCAUAUGUGGUAGAAAGUACCAUACACUCGACAGAGACGAAGGCAGUCACCAUCACCUCUUCUUCUGCUGUGUCAAAACCUGACGUGGUGAUGGAAAUAACUCAACAGACAGCCCCAGUUACUCCACCAAGUGAUAGUGGUGCUAGCAAAACCACAUGUGCCACAACAGACGUGUCCAAAAUGGAAGAGGGCAAAGAGAAAACGGAUAAAACACCGGAGCUAAAAGAGGAAGAGGCAAAUGUAGCUAUGGCACCUUUGAAGGAAGAUGCAAAGGUGUCUGAAAAAGAAACAAAAGAAAAAGAUGAAAAGACAGAGACUGCUAAAGACAGUGAAGUCAAGCAGAAAAUAGAGGAUAGGAAAUUAGAGGAAAAGACAUGCAAAGACACCACAGAGGAGAAGGUAACCGCUGAUCCAAAGAUGUGUGAAAAAGCCGAAGAUUGUAAGAAAGGACAGGCAGAAGGAGUAGAGGAGAAAAACUUGUUGGAGAAGCCAUCAGAGAGGUUAGAGGUCAGGAGAAAGAGCAGUAUAUCUGAUUGGGAGCUACUACAGAGGCCUGAGGACUGCCCAAGUGCCCCUCCUCCAGGUUAUGGUGAUGAUGAUGAGGAGGAAGAGGAUGAGGAAGCAAUGGAAGCGAUGGAAUGGAUGGCCAGUGUCCACGGUACCUCUGUGUCCUCCUCAAAAGAUACCUAUCACACAGAAACAUCUAGCAAAGGAGCUGCAAAGGCUGAUCGUCCCUCUGAUUUGGACACUAGAGCAACCUCCUCCUCUGCUUCCCAUCCAGGCUACUCCUCCUGUGAAUAUAAACAUCGCAAAGGAGAACUUUCUCCAUCAUUCAUCAACCCGAGCCCUCAUCAGCUCUCCAGUGACGAGGGUGAGGAGGAUGGCCACAGUGACCACUCACAGGAAGGGGAUGAGGAUGAUCAGGAGCAACACUCUGUUAAACGGAGGUCGCACAAGCAAAGGCGCCACCACUCUCCAAGUUAUCAUGGAGAUGCUGGACAGGGGCCACAACAGCUGUCCGGUGGCAUGUCAUCUGGUUUGGCUGUAACAUUAGCUGGAGAGGAAACACCUCCGACGUCAGUCAGCGAGUCGUUGCCUUCACAAUCUGACUCUGACGUCCCUCCAGAAACCGAGGAGUGUCCAUCCAUAACAGCUGAAGGAAAUCUCGACUCAGACGAAGAUGCUGAACAUCUGCCGGUGGACAAAUUAUCUGCAUCUGGAGCUGGAGGGGGUCACCAUCCUUCAUCACCAAGGUCAGCUCAGAAGACUCAUGAUCCCCUCCCAACCCCGAUGAAGGACCCGCUUCCCCACCCUCCCCACCCAGAUGUGUGCAUGGUAGAUCCAGAGGCUCUUCUCAAUGACCACAGCAGCACAGAGAAACUUCUUAAGAAGGAGCACAAGACCACAAAGGGCCUCAGGAAGGGCAAACCAAAGUCAGCCUCCCCUGCUCGUAAGGGCGAGGUCAGAAAGAGGUCGUCAACUCCAGUGAAGCAGACUUCCAAGGACUCCGCCUCACCUCGAUCAGCCUCCCUCAGGAGGAAGGACACAGACAGAAGCUCCAGGCUGAUCAAGAUGUCUGAGACCCAAGGCUCCAGGAGUGAGAUUCUCAACCCGGGGAAAGGCUUGGUCAAUGGUGUCAAGAGCAGUUCAGGUAACAACUCCCAGAAAACUAGCUCAGCCGUCCCCCCUGGACCACCCGUCUACGUCGACCUGGCCUAUGUGCCCAAUCACUGCAGUGCCAAGAAUGUGGACCAGGAAUUCUUCAAGAGAGUGCGAGCUGCGUAUUACGUGGUGACCGGGAAUGACCCAGGCAGCGGUGAGCCAAGCCGUGGAGUCCUGGACGCCCUGCUGGAGGGCAAAGCUCAGUGGGGCUCCAAUUUACAGGUGACUCUGAUCCCGACCCACGACACGGAGGUGACCCGGGACUGGUACCAGCAGACCCACGAGAAACAGCAGGACCUGAACAUCAUGGUUCUGGCCUCCAGCAGCACCGUAGUCAUGCAAGACGAGUCCUUCCCUGCCUGCAAGAUCGAGUUCUGAGCUUCAUGAGCCCCGCUGUGCUUUCCCCCUCCCAUUUUUCCCCUCCCUGUCAUCUGUUUCACUGGAGGUAGAGCAAGAGUGAUGGCACUCUCUGCUUCUUCAAAGCUUCUCGCUCUCUCAUGGUACUAGUCUCAAACACAUUUGCUGCAGUCUUCAAUACGCUAGAUUCUGUUAGCUGAAAUCAAAGUCAAAACUCCAGGUUUAUGCUCUGUGUGACAGUGGGGUUAUCAUGCAAACAAGAACUUACUUUAUGUCUGUUUUCUUCUGUGAGUUAGCCGUCUGCCCUAACACACACUUAUAUUAGCACUAACAAUUGUGAUAAAAAAUGAAAAUCAUUUUCAAUAACAUAAUCACACUUAACAGCUUUCUUUGCGUCAUUAAACACACCAAUAGACAUCAUUAUCCCAUAAAUGCAUAAUGCCACAGUUAAUCUAUAGAUUAGACAGGCGUAGUUCUUAAACUGUUGGCUCUAAUCACAAAUUUAAUUUCUCAUCCAAAGGGAAAAACAAGUGCCAAAACACUGUUAAAAGAAAAAUUUGUAUGAGUUAACUUCUCCAAAAUGUCUCCUAAAUGAAUCAGUCAUCAAUCAUUUGUUAAGAUAUCAUGCACAGUGUUUUUAGAAGGGUAGAAAUCUUUAUUUCUUUCAUGAAGCUUUCUUUUCCAUCAGUGCACAUGACAAAACUCAUCCUUUGCAAUUCUGCUCAUGCUACAGUAGUUUUGGAUUAACUCAAUAAUGACAUAAAUUGAUGUUAUGUUAAAAAAAAAAAAAAAGCACAAAAAAAUGUUCCUUCUUGUCAUUUGUGGUGAAGUUUUAGGAGGUGCCUGAAGUUGACGCUGUUUCAGCUUUCACAGCUUUGCUGGUGCAUGAUGCUUGCGUUUUAGCUCGGACACUUACAGAACUGCAUAGGGUUAUUUCUUUAGCCAGCCUUCAAGUGUGGAAUGCAGUUUAGUGUAGAUAGGUUACGACACUGUUUGGCUGUCUAUGCUCAAGUGAAUUCAAUAGGCGCCAGGCAAAGGAACGAUGUUUGUACACUAAUCAUAUCUCUGCUGGAUGUAAUGGUUCCUCUAAGUCUUUAUCAUGGUCUUUGUUGGUUGUAUGUAAUCCAAUAUACACAUAGGGUAAAUGUUUCUAUAUCAAUACAGAGGUUAUGUUAAAUAAAUUAUAUAUUUUGUGAUGAUGCAGCAAAUUAUGAUCCAAGAUGAAUGCAGCGUUUUUUGGAUCGUGCAUUUAAGAAGGUUUAAUUAACAAUUCUGUCAUUUCCUCCUGUUCAGCUACAUUUUACUGUCUGUCAUUAUCACAAAGCGAUCGACAAAACAAGCAGUGACUGUGACAAAUGUAGCAAUGAAAGCUCGUCCGCUUGUCCCUUCAGACGGAAGGUCACGCCAUUUUUAUAUUUAUUAUUGGGGUAAUUUUUCAGGAAAAGAAAAUGACGUGAAGUGUGUUACAGGAGGCUUCUUUCAUGUGCCUUUAGCUUGUGGUUUUGGAGAGAGGGGGAUAUUUUAAGGACAUGUCAGCCAUUUUGAGGCAGAGCCAGAAACCAGGGUAAAUCAAAGAAACCAAGUACACAGCUUUGAAAUAGAGGACCAAUCGUUUCAAAUGGUACACGCACAAACCUUAUCCACACCAAGGACACUUUGAAAUAGUAUACUAACAUGGAAAUAACUUUGGAGCUCUGUAAUACAAUUAAGCAUUAAUUCUGCACAUCCUGAAAUGCCAUUUAGCCAAACCAAUAUGAAUGUUUUCAAGCAAGGUAUUGCACCAAAUAGGAAUGUACUUUUCUGAGGUGGGAGAGAAGAGUUUAGAAGAUGGAUUUUUGUUUGUAGUUGAAGCACAGAAAGUUAGCAUAGUAGCAGAGAAGAACUCUAAUAUAAUAUGUAAUAUAAAAACAAUUACCUAAUCUUAAUCCCAGAGUAAUAUCUAUAGAAUGAGCAUGAAUGUGAUGGUUAUGAUUGUACUGGACGCAUUAUAAAUAGGAAUGUCUCUGAAGUAGUUCUGUGUGUGCCUGUGAGUAUAUGAUGCACACUGAGUAGCUGUUUUCAGUAUGAAAGGUCUUUCUGCUUGUUCAUGGCCAGAUUUGAGAUAAGCUCACAUUAUAUUUACACAAGUUUUAUUUCUUCAUAUAUAUCAGAUAAGUAGUAUAUUUGCAAUUAAUUCUGGUUUCAUGUUCUUUAAAUUUGUGCAAUUCUGAUUUUUUUUUUUUUUUUUACAUUUUAGUCUGAAUAGGAAAUACAUUUCUGCCAAGAUGGCUCAUCACAUGCUUAUUAUUUUUGUUUAUUGAAGACUGAUUUGAGGCUAGGGGACCGGCCAGGCUGGGCGAGGCAUGGGGAGGCUUGGAUGUUCAGAAAGGACUUUGUUCGAGCUAUUGAUGACAGACUGAUUGUCAGGUUGUUGCCAACUAAAAGCAGGGACAAGCCUCUGCUUGCAGAGAUUAAUUUCACUUAAUUCUUUCCCUAAAUCUGAUUUAAAAUAUGGAACAAACUCCACAGAAGGCUGGAGUUUGUUGUUAACUUGUGCUAGCCUGUGACCAGUGCCAUUUUCUUUCUCUGUAAAACUCAUAACGCUCACACUACCUUAUACCUCAUCUUCCACAGCCUCCAUGCUCUUUGCUCUGCCUGGCUUCCCUUUAGUUUUACAAUGUAUGCACUGUGUAAGAGGCAGACAUAGCUUUUCUUAUCCUACUAGGAAGAAUCUGAGUUUGAUGCAGGUUGUAUAUUAAACAGCUGGGCACGCACAAGUACACACAUGCACGCACACACUAGUGUGGAGAAAGCUGAUUAACUGAGGGCCACGUGUGCACACUGAGGGGACAGUGAAGGUUCAAAAUGACUCCCUUAAAAACAGUUUAAAUGUUUGUUAAGCAAUCGAUCAAGCAAAAAGUCCUUUUCACCCCUUGUUCGAUGCUGUCUGGAAAUGUGUCCAAAAAGCCAACAAGAAGCUUUUUAAUGUAUGGAUCAGAUUUUGUGAAAGGUCUGAUAUGUUGUACUGUCUUUGAAUAAUGUUUUUAAGUUGGCAGAUUCCAAAUACCUGGCCUUGAGAUUUUCAAGGCAUCAGUAGAACGCUGUGAAUCACUCAAUACUGAACUGUGUGACUAUAACGAAGCUGAAUGCACUAUACAGGAGAUCUAUUUUUCUGAAUGUAGAGUUGGUACUACCAUGCGAAUGCUGCUGGAUCAAAACAAUAGACAAAAAAAGAAAUAAAUAAAAACCACAAAAAAAAAAAAAAAAACAUUUACACCAACCUAGACAUAAAUAAAUUUUAGGGAGCACAGAAAAAGGGCACAUGCUGCUUUCUGUUUUGACAAAUUGUCAAAUUGUCAUUGUCAGUUGUGGUUCUGCCCCAGAGGAGGAGGAGAGUUUGACGUGUCAGAAAGCAACUGAGA